UUGACAAACUAGACAGGAGCUAUACUGGAGGGGAGCCGCUUCCCAACUUACGACACUGUAAUUGAAUUAUGAUCUCUGACAUUGAAUUAAAUUGGGCCGACGUAGAAGUGCUUCUGAUAUUUAUGUGGUGAUAUCCUAACACCAACCCAAAUGUUAUGACAUUAUUCAAGCCCAAUAUCGUAGCUUCAAUAAUCAAUUUAGAAGUCAAUACUUGAAUUUCUAAAGAAAGUAGAGUGCUUUUGGACUUUGCUGAUAUUUUCUUGCUACUCGCCUAGCUUUUCAGUUUCCUGCUACCCGCGGACGUAGGUCAAACUGUAUAGUACAAUUGGAAGACCUGGAACUUUGUUUUAUUACAAUGCAUGGCAGGAUCAACACAACGUACUUGGUAAAUCUCUUACAAACCUCGAUAGACAACAAAGCUUACCUUGCAGGCAAACUUCUCCACGCCCAUAUACUCCGAGUUGGCCUUUCCGCCGAUACAUUCCUCCUUAACCGCCUAAUUGAAUUGUAUUCCAAAUGUGGUCGUAUUCAGGCUGCACGACACCUGUUCGAUCAAAUGGUUGGACGAAAUAUAUAUUCUUGGCAUUCGCUGUUAAGUGCUUACUGUAAGGAAGGUCAGCUUGACAAUGCCCAUAAUCUAUUUAUGAAAAUGCCUGAAAGAAAUAGUGUAUCGUGGAACACUGUCAUCAGUGCUUUUGCUCGAAAUGGUUAUGAAAGAAAGGCCUUGGAGGUUUAUUCUCUAAUGAACGCGCAUGGUUUCUCACCGACCCAUAUCACGUUGGCUAGCGUUUUAAGCGCCUGUGGCGGCUUGGCUGAAUUGGAGUGCGGCAGGGUGUCUCACGCUUCUGCUGUGAAGUAUGGGCUUCACAAGAAUGUGUAUGUUGGGAAUGCUUUGCUGAGUUUGUAUGUAAAAUGUGGGUGCCCUCUGGAUGCGUUGAUAGUGUUUAGGGAGUUGGAUGAUCCUAAUGAGGUUUCCUUCACAGCAAUGAUGUGUGGACUGGUUGAGACCGACCAAGUGGAAGAGGCGUUUGAAAUGUUUAGGUUAAUGCAGAGGAGUGGAAUUAGGAUCGACUCUGUUUCAUUGUCUAGUGUACUGAAGGUUUGUGCUAAAGGUAGGGGUUCGUAUUUUGGUUGGAAUGGUGAGACUGAUGGUGAUCUACCUAAUACGCAGGGAAACCAAGUCCACAGUUUGACAAUUAAACUUGGAUUUGAAGGAGACCUUCAUGUGAGUAACUCCUUGCUUGACAUGUAUGCAAAAAAUGGUGACAUGGAAAGUGCUGAAGUAUUGUUUGGAAACCUUUCAGAAACUAGUACUGUUUCUUGGAAUGUUAUGAUAAGCGGGUUUGGACAGAAUCAUGAUAAAGAAAGAGCGAUGGAGUACAUGGAAAAGAUGCGGGGGUUUGGUGGUGAACCAGAUCAGGUUACUUACAUAAAUAUGCUCGCGGCUUGUGUUAAAUCAGGGGAUGUUGAGAAUGGUCGCUUGAUAUUUGAUAGCAUGGCUUGCCCAAGCUUGAUUUCAUGGAACGCUAUUCUUUCAGGCUAUUCGCAGAAUGGGGACCAUCUGGAGGCACUAAAGCUGUUCAGAGAAAUGCAAUUUCAAAGUCAGCGCCCUGAUCGGACCACUUUGGCUAUCAUGCUUAGUUCAUGUUCUGAGAUGGGGUUUCUAGAAUGUGGGGUACAGAUCCAUGCUACCUCAUUAAAGUGCGUCUCUCCUGGAGACAUAUACAUAGCUAGUGGUCUUAUUGGUAUGUACCUAAAAUGUGGUAGAGUAGAAGCGGCUGUACGUAUUUUUGAUGGACUCACUGAAGCAGAUAUAGUCUGUUGGAAUUCUCUAAUUACUGGUUUAUCCUAUAAUUCAUUGGAUAAAGAAGCUUUUACUUUCUUUAAGCGAAUGCUACAGUGGGGGUUGUUGCCUAAUGAGUUUUCAUUUGCUACUACACUGAGUUGUUGUACAAAGCUAUCCUCAUUAUCGCAAGGGAGACAGGUUCAUGGUCUGAUAAGUAAAGGUGGAUAUGCUAAUGAUGUUGUAGUUGGAAGUACUCUUAUUGACAUGUAUUCCAAAUGUGGUGAUGUAGAUGGGGCCAGGAUACAUUUUGACAUGAUGCCCUAUAAGAAUACAAUUACAUGGAAUGAAAUGAUACAUGGCUAUGCACAAAAUGGUCGUGGAGAUGAAGCAAUUUUCUUGUAUGAAGACAUGAUUUAUUCAGGAGAAAAACCUGAUGUUAUAACCUUUAUUGCUGCUUUAACUGCUUGUAGUCACUCUGGGCUGGUAGACCUGGGGCUUAAGAUAUUCAGCUCAAUGCAGCAAGAAUAUGGGUUGGAGCCACUUGUUGAUCAUUACACUUGCAUAAUUGAUUGUCUGGGGCGCGCUGCUCGGUUUAGUGAAAUAGAAGAACUCAUAGAUGAGAUGCCAUGCAAAGAUGACUCUGUUGUCUGGGAGGUUUUGCUUAGUUCUUGUAGGCUCCAUGGAAAUGUAAUCUUAGCAAGGCGGGCAGCAGAGGAGCUAAUCCGUCUUAAUCCGCAGAAUUCUGCCCCUUAUGUGCUUCUAGCAAAUAUGUAUACAUCGUUAGGGAGAUGGGAUGAGACAGAGGAAAUUAGAGCAGCUAUGUUGAAAAGGCAGGCAACCAAGGAUCCUGGUUUUAGCUGGGGGUGAAUUUCUGAAGUAGUAGUAAGUAGUAGCUGGCUGUUAUAAAUUUUGAGAGACAGCUAUAGGAAAGAUGUCCUGUUUGUUAAUGGCAUGAAAUUAGAGCAUCUGUCUACACUACUCAUAGGUAGUUAAUAUGUCUGCUGGAAGCAAUGACAGUGCUGAUCAAGCUCAGAUUUCUCAAAAGGGCCUUUCAAUUUUUUAAUAUUAUUUCAAUGCAUGUUUAGUCUAGGAGAAGAGCUAUUGCGUGGCAAAUGUCAUAGGUGUGGUCAAAGAUCUUGUGUGUACUGGCUUCUCAUUUCCCAAAUUGAGGGAUAAAAGUUCGGGAUAUUCUUCUUUGUUCUACUGACUGCUGAUAUUGAUGCUCUUCACUGCUUUGCUUGUAUUUUCCUGCGCCAGUAAGAUACAACCAGGACUUACUGGAUCUAGGAGGCUUAAAUUCAUUGGCAACCGAUAUGUAGCAUCAAUAUCUGAAAUCUGUCACAUGGGGAAUGCACAAAGGGGUUUGUUGUUACGUUGCAACAAAUGCUAAAAAUUCUAACACCAGUCGGUGAAAAUGGUCUAUGGUGUUGUAAAGUUUUAUCAGGAAAAAAAUGGUCUAAGGUUGUUUACUAUGUUAUUAACAAGUACUGAGUAAGUGUAUGAACCUUAUUUAUGGAUUCUAGAAGACUCAUGUUGCAAAAAGUCAGAGAGAGAGCAAAUGCUGCUGAAAGGAGAUCACAUGGAAGACACAGGCGUAGCAGGUUGACUCUUGACAGAGAUAAGAAUAUACGACAUGCAGUUUGCCCGAUUUUUUCAAAAUACAGCCAUUUCUACUACAGGAAAUAUACCAGCUUCCCGUUUAACUUUUAAUAGGUUUGCUAAAUGGGAAUGUACAGUUUUUGGCUGUUUGUUUAUUGGUCCUGCCGCUCCUGCAAGGAGAAAGCUAAUCGAGAAGCAAGAAGCUAGUCAGGCUGGAAUAGGUUCCUGCAUGUUCUGGUGUACGGUGCAGCAACUAUUGUAAGCUCGUUUCUCUUCAGAGACCUUAUGGAAGUACUCUAUUUAGGCACCAUAUCUGUUGAGUCAGUAGGAGAGUAUCAUCUGUCGUCAUGUCAUCACCUUGCUAAGGAAGUUAAUGGGCAAUCACUAUAUAGUUUCAGUUGAAACAGAAUUCUCAUCUAAUUUUACCACUUGUGCUUCUAGAACAAAUAAUGUGCAGUGAACCAAACAACGAAGUGAAAGCAUUACUUCGAAAGGUAUAGAGGGCACAUGUAGAGUAACAACUCUUCUUUUCGGAGUUGCUACCUAGUAGAUAAACUACAGCUAUAAAUAUUGUAUUCCUUUAUGUUGCUUGGUCCUAGUAUGGUUUAACGUUCAAACCGUUGUCCAUCUUUCAUGAGCUUUUUUAACGUGCUUAGUAAGUGUAUGGCUGCACGUGGUCUUGUGUCUGAAGUGUGAUUGAAUUUCCUUUAAUUUUGUUGGGUAUGUGAAUGCCAAGGAAAAUGUUUACAAGAAAUUUCCUGUAGAGUAAACCCUUCGUCCCUUAUUUCAGCUGUCAUCAUGGGUGGACCCAAAGCUGCAAUACCAGAUGCUCCUGCUCCUCUGACUGACAUACUAUUCUCCAGAAUCUUCUGCAUUAGUCUACUCCAAUGAUGCUGCAAAUUCUCUUCUGCCAGUAUUGUGGCAUUAAAGGAAGCUGGGAUGAUCUGAAGCAGAAGCUGAAAUUGCAUUGUGGAAUACGGAUAUGAAUCACAUGGUGUUGUCACGAGUCUUCGAGGAUCAAACCUCACACCGAGAAUCAUAUGCUGACGACCUAUGCAAAGAAGUUGACGGACGUUAUAUCUGUGUUUCAGCAAAUUAACGUUGAAUUUUGACACAGCCAUUUGCAUGUUGCCAGCUGCAACUUUAGGCUUGUGAUCUUAGGAUAUUUGUUGUGUAACAGCCUUCCACCCCAUCCAUUUGUUGGGAACGUCAUGUGCACCAGUUCAACAUGCACUUUGCAGUCUUGUCUCAGCUUGACAUGCUAGAACAAUUUAGGAAUUUUUAAGUAAGAGAUAUGGUUACUGUUUUCUCAAACUUACCAGCUGGAAUGGUUAUGUGAAGUCAAAGCAACUUCUUCGCUAAGCUUUGUCAUUUCUUAUAUGUGUGUUUGCAUAUGUAGCUAUAACCAAGGUCUAUUGACAGGUAUCAAAAGGUUCUCAAAGUAGGAUGUGGCUCCGUCUUUGGUAAGGGAAAGCCUACCUCUAAGCAAGCUUGCAGAUCUAAGGGCCCGUUUGCGUAUGAUUUCAAAUAAAUCAGUGAUUUGAAAUUAUGUUGAAGUUGAAAUUUUGUUUGGACUUGCAAUUUGAAUUUCUUAUAUUGUAUUCCAAAUCGCAUGGCCAAACGCCAAAUAAAUAGAAGCAGAAACGAACUGUGAUUUGUUUUUGUUCGUUUGCCUAGGACACAUGCCUUUUUGCUCCUGAGAAAUGCCACAUUUGUUUGCUGGUC